CUGAGGCUCGUUCCUGCUGCUCACGGUCGCCGUCAGUAUUACUGCUGAGUUCGGAGCUACCGGAGGUCCCGUGGAUACUCAGUCUACUCUACCGGACCGUUAAACCGUCUAACUGACACCCGCAGAAACUUCACAACUGAGCCCCUGUUUCCCCCGGAAGCUGGACAAGCUAUCCGAGACUAUGCUUUUCUGUCUGCUGCCUCUCGCGGCUCUCUUGCUGCGCGCUGAGGGCAGGCGCGGGGAAACAGUGGUCCGUAACAACAACAAUGGCCACGCGCUGGACAACGACAAAUGGCUGAGCACGGUGUCUCAAUACGACAAGGACAGAUAUUGGAACAAAUUCAGAGAUGAUGACUACUUCAAAAGCUGGGGUCCUGCCAAGCCAAUCGACCAGGAGACAGAGGCGAGGCCCGGGAGACAUGGGGAACCUGGAACCAAAGUCCACUCCAACCCAGGGAAGAGGAGAACAGAGGAGGCUCUGGACGCCACUAAACAUCCGUGUGUGAAGGUGCGCUGCCCUCCUCACAGGGUGUGUGUCAGCCACGACUACCAGACAGCCAUCUGCACCAACACCAACCACAAGCAGCCCACACACAGUGUGAAACCGAGGAAAGGAAGCUUGGCCUACAAGCACUGGGCAGGAGCAGGGGCCCAUGGGAAGUGUAGGCCAUGCCCUGUCAUCCACCCCAGCCCUGUGUGUGGAUCUGAUGGACACAGCUACUCCUCUAAGUGUACGCUGGAGUUCCAGGAGUGUAAGUCAGGGAAGAACAUCGCUCUGAAGUGUGGAGGACCGUGUCCGUGUCUGCCUGAUCUGGAACUGGUCAAACCACACAGCCACAAAACAGAGAAGAGCGUCUGCAGUGAUGGGGACCUGCAUAGCCUAGCAUCCAGACUGAAGGACUGGUUCGGAAUUCUCCACCUCGACGCCAACCGAGACCUCAAAUCCUCUGCCAACUCUGAUUCAGCGGCAGGACGUUUUGACACCAGUAUCUUGCCGAUCUGUAAGGACUCUCUGGGUUGGAUGUUCAACAAGCUGGACAUGAACUAUGACCUCCUGCUGGACCAAUCAGAGCUCAGCGCCAUCUACCUGGACAAGUAUGAGCUGUGUAUGAAGCCCCUGUUCAACUCCUGCGACUCCUUCAAGGAUGGAAAACUGUCCAACAACGAGUGGUGCUACUGCUUCCAGAAACCUGAUGGUCUGCCCUGCCAGAAUGAGAUGAACCGGAGUCAGAUCCAGGGUCGGAGGAACACUGUCAUAGGGUCCUAUAUUCCACGCUGUUCUGAGGAGGGAUACUUUAAGCCAACCCAGUGUCAUGGCAGUACUGGACAGUGUUGGUGUGUGGACAAAUAUGGCAAUGAGAUCGCUGGCUCCAGAAGACAGGGCAACCCCACCUGUGAGGAGGACCAAGAGACCUCAGGGGAUUUUGGCAGUGGGGGCGCUGUCAUUCUCCUUGAUGACCAGGAGGAGGAGCCAGCUCAGAGUGGGAGGAGCCGGCAGAAGCAGAGGCGGGGCCGGAUCCAUCCCAGAGGGGCCAUUGAGGAUGACGAGGAUGAGGAAGAUGACAAAGAUGACGAGAUUGGCUACAUCUGGUAGCUCCGCCCCCACCUGUUCUCCCAUCAACCAACCAGGGACCCCCGUUAACUCUGAACAGACCUGAAGCCAUUCCAGCGUCUCCUUCGUACCCCUCAGCAUCAACUCUGUGUUCAACUGACUAUCCCCUCCUCUAUGCCUCUUGUUCACCUUGAAACUUUCUCUCCGCUACUCAACCUUCAUAUAGUGUGUCCCUCCUACUCUCCUUCAGAGAAUAGAGACGUAUUCAAUUCAAACAAAGACUGUCUAGUCUCUUUUAAUGUGUGUCCCUCUGCUAUUGCGUUUGUCCUCAAACCCUUCAACCAUAGACUGACACAUUGCUAUAUCCUCUCUCUCUCUCUCUCUUUCUUGUUCUUACUCUCUCAUCUCUCCGUUCUCUCUCUUUAUCUGUAUCGGUGUCUGUGCGUCUCUGAGAGUCUCUUGUCUGACUGUGAGGUCAGAGACAAGUUUGAAGGUGAGAUUCUAUGGUGUGUUCUGGCCCUUCUGUCAAAGACUCCAUUUUCCGCUCCCGGCCUCACCCCUCAUGUUCUAGAAUACCAUAUUCUAUGGUUCCAGAAUAUUCUAUAGGCUCUUUGGUCGAGAAUAAUGUUCUUGCUGUUAUUGAAUGCUCCAGGGUGCCCUAGAACCAGAAAGAGUGAUGAUGUGUUACUUUUUGUUGCAUGUUCCCUGACUACGCCCCUGUGGAAAGACAAGUUUGGGUGGCAAGAUACACUGAGUGUACAAACAUUAAGGACACUUUCCUAAUAUUGAGUUGCACCCUGUCCUUUUGCCCUCAGAACAGCCUCAAUUCGUCAGGGCAUGGACUCUACAAGUUGUCGAAAGCGUUCCAUAGGGAUGCUGGCCCAUGUUGACUCCAAUACUUCCCAUAGUUGUGUCAAGUUGGCUAGAUGUGCUUUGGGUGGUGGACCAUUCUUGAUACACAUGGGAGCGUGAAAAACCCAGCUGCGUGGCAGUUCUUGACAUAAACCGGUGCGCCUGGCACCUGCUACCAUACCCCAUUCAAAGGUUUGUUUUUCCCAUUCACCCUCCGAACACCCCAUAUACACAAUCCAUGUCUCAAUUGUCUCAAGACUUAAAUUCCUUCUUUAACCGGUCUCCUCCCCUUCAUCUACACUGAUUGAAGUGGAUUUAACAAGUGACGUCAAUAAGGGAUCACAUUUGGAUUCAACUAGUCAGUCUAUGUCAGGGAAAGAGCAGGUGUUCCUAAUGUUUUGUCCACUCAGUGUAUAACUCUCUCUGAGUAAGAAUUUCACUGUUAGUCUACACCUGUUGUGUACGAAGCAUGUGACAAAUAAAAUUGGAUUAGAUGUUGAUUUGACAAUGUCCAUAUUGGCUGCUGCAGUGCUCCCUCCCCUUGCUGUCUCAAUGCUGUGCAGUCUUUAUUUGAUGCUUCCUCUUCCAAUUUAGCUUUUAAAAGUUCAAAACCAUGUUGUUAGCCACUUACUAAAUAGCAACCACUCUCUUCAACUUGAAAGCUUUGAUAAUGACUUUUUUUCCCAGCUAGUUUUGUACUUCUGUUUCAGUUGGAGGCACUUAGUCUGUAGAACUACAGAACAGAGAAAUCUAAUUGUGGUCACACAAAGAACCCUGCCAUUAUUCAGACCUUUUUCAAACCCUCCCAGCCUGCAGAUUUAGAAACGGACACAAAGAGAAAAUGCUUUUAAGGGUUCGCUUUGGGGGGGAACACAACUAGAAGCAGUGAGUCUGUUAAAAGGAACAUAGCAUAAUAGUUUUGUUUGUCAUAGAGUUUUAUUUCUGUAGCCAUUGGUGUGUACUGUUGACUGAGAAAGUGGAACAUUCUAUAACUUCUAUUCUGAAUAAGUUCCUGCGUUUUUUUUUUCAGAAUAUUCCGCAUGGUAAUCAAGUGAGGUCAGUUAUCUGAACGUAUCCCGCCCACAAACCCAGAUGAGAUAGGCUUAACCCAGAAGGUAGGCUUUUGAACAGUGAAGCCUUACACUGGAACCAUAUAAGCACACCCACACAAUGCUCACUGGCAUUCCACUGUGAUAAUGACAGGCCUUGGAUGAUCGGACGUAUAUAUUCAAGGGUCUGAGCCGGGCACUAUAUUAUCAGCUGUCAGUGCUGUAUUUGUAAGGCUUGUGUUUCAUUGGUCUUGUGAUGCAGCAUAAUGAUGCAUUGCUCUUGCUUUGGCCAGCGGGAACACAUCUUGAACGGAUCUUUGAUUAAAGUGUGAGACUCUUGUGAUUGACACUUUGGCUCAUCCCUUACGGAAAAAGAUUCCAGUCAGAAUGCAGUAUAACUGUUGUUUUUACUACAGUAAUUCAGCAGUUUAACUGCAGUUAUUCUGCAAUUACUGCGUCCAAAAUACCACUGCACUUACUACAGUUUGCAGUUGUCAAUCUUUUUAUGAAAGGGAUCCAGCACUGACUAAAACUUCACAUAAUACAUCACUGAGCUCUUCUACUCUUCAGCCAAUCAGUUGGCACCACUGAUGUUUCAAUCUGUAAAAUAUAAGUGUAGUUCCAGGCAGGCACACAGCUAAUUAGAAAACAGCCUAUCACAACCUAACACUGAUUGCUCACUUUCAAAUAUCCCACUCUCUCACUCUCCCUCUGCUCCCUCUCUCACAGCCUUCCACUCCCUCUAGCUCCCCCUCUCUCUUGCUCAUCUUCACUAUCAUUUUGUCACUCGCUAAUUUUCCCUAUUUUUCUCCCUCUCUCUACCCUCCUCUCUCUCUCACUCUCUCCUCUGUUUUUCACACUGGGGGAGUGUGUGAGGGAGUUUGACCGCCAUGGCGCUCCUCUCUCUCCUUUCCCUUAUUUUGUUUUUUUAUAGCUCAGAGAUGUCUCCCCUGCGAGGCUGUCAUAUCGCUCACUGCCUUGUCUCUCAGCCCAGGGUCUCUGUGGAGACGAGUAAUGCACACCAUGAUUGGGCGGAAUGGGGGUUGUGGGUAAUGGGUGGUCAUUUGACGCCCGUAGAGUCAACCUUUCAUCUCGCUCCAAGAUGAAAGACAGGCAGAGGAACUCAGGGGAAGAAAUGUAUGCUUUUGGGUUUCGGGCAUUCUUUCGCUUUCCCAAAAUGUAUAUUUUUCUCUAAUGCCUAUCCUCCCUUUUUGUUCCCUGUUCUUAUUUGUUUCUUCCUUCCCCCUCUCUCUCCUUCCCCCUCUCUCUCCUUCCCCCUCUCUCUCCUUCCCCCUCUCUAACUAUUUCCAUGUCCCUCAACCAUAACAAUAUACAGUUGAAGUCAGACGUUUACAUACACCUUAGCCAAAUACAUUUUUUUUUUUUACAAUUCUUGACAUUUCAUCCCAGUAAAAAAUCCCUGUUUUAGGUCACUUAGGAUCACCACUUUAUUUUAAGAAUGUGAAAUGUCAGAAUAAUAGUAGAGAGAACAAUUUAUUUCAGCUUUUAUUUCUUUCACCACAUUCUCAGUGGGUCAGAAAUUUACAUACACUCAAUUAGUAUUUGGUAGCAUUGCCUUAACUUGGGUCAAACAUUUCGGGUAGCCUUCCACAAGCUUCCCACAAUAAGUUGGGUGAAUUUUGGCCCAUUCCUCCUGAAAGAACUGGUGUAAUUGAGUCAGGUUUGUAGGCCUCCUUGCUCGCACACACAUUUUCAGUUCUGCCCAUAAAUGUUAUAUUGGUUUGAGGUCAGGGCUUUGUGAAGGCCACUCCAAAGCCUUGACUUUGUUGUCCUUAAGCCAUUUUGCCACAACUUUGGAAGUAUGCUUGGGGUCAUUGUCCAUUUGGAAGACCCAUUUGCGACCAAGCUUUAACUUCCUGACUGGUGUCUUGAGAUGUUGCUUCAAUAUAUCCACAUAAUUUUCCUCCCUCAUGAUGCCAUCUAUUUUGUGAAGUGCACCCAUCCCUCCUGCAGCAAAGCACCCCCACAACAUGAUGCUGCCACCCCGUGCAUCACAGUUGCAAGCCUCCCCCUUUUUCCUCCAAACAUAAUGAUGGACAUUAUGGCCAAACCAUUUUAUUUUUGUUUCAUCAGACCAGAGGACAUUUCUCCAAAAAGUACGAUCUUGUCCCCAUGUGCAGUUGCAAACCGUAGUCUGGCUUUUUUUAUGGCGGUUUUGGAGCAGUGGGUUCUUCCUUGCUGAGCGCCCUUUCAGGUUAUGUCUAUAGACGAAUCCUUUUACUGUGGAUAUAGAUACUUUUGUACCUGUUUCCUCCAGCAUCUUCACAAGGUACUUUGCUGUAGUUCUGUGAUUGAUUUGCACUUUUCUCACCAAAAUACGUUCAUCUCUAGGAGACAGAAUGAGUCUCCUUCCUGAGUGGUAUGACGGCUGCGUGGGCCCAUGGUGUUUAUACUUGCAUACUAUUGUUUGUACGGAUGAACGUGGUACCUUCAGGCAUUUGAAAAUUGCUCCCAAGGAUGAACCAGACUUGUGGAGGUCUACAUUUUUGUUUUGUAGAUUUCUUUAGAUUUUCCCAUUAUGUCAAGCAAAGAGGCACGGAGUAGGCCUUAAAAUACAUCCACAGGUACACAUCCAGUUGACUCAAAUGAUGUCAAUUAGCCUAUCAGAAGCUUCUAAAGCCAUGACAUAAUUCUAUGGAAUUUUCCAAGCGGUUUAAAGGCACAGUCAACUUAGUGUAUGUAAACUUCUGACCCACUGGAAUUGUGAUACAGUGAAUUAUAAGUGAAAUAAUCUGUCUGUAAACAAUUAUUGGAAAAAUUACACAAAGUCAUGCACAAAGUAGAUGUCCUAACCGACUUGCCUAAACUAUAGUUUGUUAACAAGAAAUUUGUGGAGUGGUUGAAAAAAAUAGUUUUAAUGCUCCUAAGUGGAUGUAAACUUCCGACUUCAACUGUAUAUCUGUGUAUUUAGUAACAACUUUUGGGUGAUUUCCUGUAUCGAUCACAACAUUAACUCAUCUGGUCACUGCAUCCCCUCUGACCUUUCACCUCUGACCCUGAUAUUGAUUGGUUGUUUGUUGAUCUCGUCAAUAACAUGCAUGAUGAACCUUUCGUUUUUUUACCCUUUGCAUCUCCAACUCUGACCUCUCUGUGUGUACAUCAGCCAGAGAGACAAUAAACCUUCCACUAACACAAUACACACACGCAUACACACACACACACACACACACACACACACACACACACACACACACACACACACACACACACACACACACACACACACACACACACACACACACACACACACACACACACACACACACACACACACACACACACAGAGAGAGAGACUGUAACAUACUUGUAACAUGUGUGUAUAAAGUAAUCUCUUUCCGAAGCAGUGUAAGGCUCCUUUUUUGAUCCUGCCAUCAAUCUGGCCUUGACCUUUGCCCUCUCAUGAUGUCUUAAGUGACCCUUGCCCUGUCCUGAUGUCACUGCUGUCCCUCCCUUGCCUGGCCUACUUGUGUACAAAGCUGAGUAACCCUAGUUGCUCAAACGUCUACAAAAGCGCAAUAACAAAAGCGCAAUAAUUGAGAAGGAAAUGGUCCUUCUCAUUUCCAACCUGUAUUAGACAGUUACUGAACUGUCCUCAGAUACACACACACACACACACACACACACAGUUCUAGUAUGACAGCUCCGCUAGUCCAAACAAACACAUACAUGGCCAUAUUUGCUAAAGUCUUCUUUGUUAAUUCUAUAUAUUUUUUACUUUGUAAAGAGAAAAAAAUACUCUGUGAAAGGGGUGUAAUAUAUUGCCAUGUGAAGGCACUGUGGCUUUGUCCAGUUGCAUUUAACAUACUAAAGUGUGUAAAUCAAUUGUCCUUAAUGUAGCUAGAUUCAUGUAGCUCUUUCCAUAGAAGCAUAGUGUAGUGAGUUCUUCAGUGUCUUAUUUUUCCCCUUCUGGAGCUAUAAUGGAAUGUUGAUGUUAUGGGCUGAAAAUAUCUUGAUUUUAUUGUAACAGUUCCACAAUGUUUGUCUGAAUAAAUUUAAGUCUGUCCUGUCCUGUA